AUGCUGGACCAUGUCUGUGCGCAGACAGAGCUGUGGGGGGUGCGGAGGGAGUGGGAUAACUGGCCGAGUGGGGAGAAGGGGGACUUCACCCUGGCUGGCACUAUUCCACCAAAGGGGGAAGAAGACUUCCUGACGCUGGCCGCCUCGCGGCUCAGCCGUAGGAAACGUGUGAUUGGAGCUGCAGUGGGUGUGGCCAUGGUUCUCGUACUUUUGGUUGCCAUUCCUCUGCUGGUCCACACGACCAAAGUUGGGAGUGUUGGAAAUGCUGGGAGCCAUUAUGAAAUGCUUGAAUCCUGUAAAAUGGUAUGUGACACCACUGCUCAGCCGGGCCAAGAGCUGAUCGCUGUGUCCCCACCGUCACAGGAUUACUCUGGAAAGAAGCUCAAGUCUGGUCUCCGUGGGCCUCCAGGGAUCCCCGGACCUCCAGGAGCACGAGGACCCCCUGGAGAGCCUGGAAAACCCGGACCACAGGGCCCCCCAGGUCCAGGCCCAGGCGGCUAUUCCCCCUCUCUAUACUCCCCUAAAAUCGCCUUCUAUGCAGGCCUGCGCAGACAGCAUGAAGGGAGUGAAAUACUUAAGUUUGAUGAUGUGGUCACCAAUGUGGGAAACUAUUAUGAGCCCAGCACAGGGAAGUUCACAUGUCCACUACCUGGCAUCUACUUCUUCACAUACCACGUCCUGAUGAGAGGCGGGGACGGCACAAGCAUGUGGGCCGACCUAAAGAAGAACGGGCAGGUGAGGGCCAGCGCCAUCGCUCAGGACGCUGAUCAGAAUUACGACUAUGCGUCCAAUAGCGUGAUCCUGCAUCUGGACGUGGGGGACGAGGUGUGUGUCCAACUCGACGGGGGCAAAGUGCAUGGAGGCAAUACCAACAAGUACAGCACCUUCUCUGGCUUUCUCAUCUAUCCCGACUGA